CCUGCCCUGCUUGAGACUGGAGCCAGCUGCCAACGCCACCCCACAAAGUUUCCCUCGCUCAUCCCGGCACCCUCCGCACUCCAGGCCCGGGGGCCGUGAUGGCCUGCCGCUCUUGCGUUGUUGGCUUCAGCAGCCUUAGCAGCUGUGAAGUGACUCCAGCGGGCGGCCCCCGGCCUGAGACCUCGGAAUGGAGCAGCUGCGGAGUCCCCAGGCCGGGCUUCAGCUCUCGCAGCCUCACGGGCUGCCGGUCAUUUGGCACCAUCCCCAAGGUGACGGUGAACCCCAGCCUGCUGGUGCCUCUGGACCUCAAGGUGGACCCAGCCAUCCAGCAGCAGAAGAACCAGGAAAAGGAGGAGAUGAAGGUGCUCAAUGAUAAAUUCGCCUCCCUGAUUGGCAAGGUGCAGGCCCUGGAGCAGCGGAACCAGCUGCUGGAGACCCGCUGGAGCUUCCUGCAGGGCCAGGGCUCCGCCGCCUUUGACCUCGGGCACGUCUACGAGACGUACGAGGGCCGGCUGCAGGAGGAACUGCGCAGAGUGAGCCAGGAGCGGGGACAGCUGGAGGCCAACCUGCUGCAGGUGCUGGAGAAAGUGGAGGAGUUUCGAAUCAGGUAUGAAGAUGAGAUCUCCAAGCGCACAGACAUGGAGUUUACCUUCGUCCAGCUGAAGAAGGACCUGGACACAGAGUGUCUUCGACGGACCGAACUGGAAACCAAGUUGAAAAGCCUGCAGAGCUUCGUGGAGCUGAUGAGAACUGUCUACGAGCAGGAGUUAAAAGACCUGGCAGCACAAGUGAAGGACGUGUCAGUGACCGUGGACAUGGACAGAAAAUGCCACAUCGACCUGAGCGGCAUUGUGGAGGAGGUGAAGGCCCAGUAUGAUGCCAUCGCCGCUCGCAGCCUGGAGGAGGCUGAGGUGUACUCCCGGAGGCAGCUGGAGGAGCGGGCUGCCUGCUCGGCUGAGUAUGGGAACAGCCUCCAGAUGAGCCGCAGUGAGAUUGCCGACCUCAAUGUGCGCAUCCAGAAGCUCCGAUCCCAGAUCCUCUCCAUCAAGAGCCACUGCCUGAAACUGGAGGAGAACAUCAAGGAGGCCGAGGAGCAGGGUGAGCUGGCCUUCCAGGAUGCCAAGGCCAAGCUGGCCCAGCUGGAGGAGGCCCUGCAGCAGGCCAAGAAGGACAUGGCGAGGCAGCUACGAGAGUACCAGGAGCUCAUGAACACUAAGCUGGCCCUGGACAUCGAGAUCGCCACCUACCGAAAGCUGGUGGAGGGCGAGGAGAGCAGGAUGGACUUGGCUUCGGCCGCCGUGGUCAGCACUGUGCAAUCCAGAUCCAGAACUGCUGCCUCCAAGUCCCACCUUGCAAGAGGCCCCUCUCGGAAGAAGAAGAACAGCAGAGGCCCCGUGAUCAAAAUCACUGAAAUGUCAGAGAAGUUCCUCUUGCAGGAGUCAGAGGCCUCAGAAUAAGGCAGCUGGACCCCAGGAGCCCCAGGUCUCUCCCCUGCAGCAGGAGAGACUUAAACUAGACUCAAGGAAGCAGCUUGGAGCCUCUAGGUUGGGAGGGGAGGCAAACCUGAUUCUGAACUGAGAGGAGCUCAAAACAAUAAGUGUUUUCCUGUGGGUACCAGGGGUGGAACAGGACUGUCACCAGCUUUUCAAAGUCACUCUACUCCACAUCAGUAUGUCACAGUCCCAGCUUUCCAACCUUCUGGUCAGAGGUUUCCUGCCUGGAUAAACUGGAAUUGGGGUCAGUUUUAUCUCCAGCUCCUCACUCCUCGGAGACUCCUCCCCAACAGAAGGCACUGACCAAGGUCCCUUUGACCCUUUGCCCAACCCUUGCCCUAAACUACAUCUCAAGCCUUGCCUCAACCUCCGCACCAAGGCUGGUGCCCUCAUUCGCCCAGUCCCAGCCACGGACCAGCGAUGGAUGAGGACUGCUUAGCCUCCCCCACCCUCAGCCCGCAUCUUGAGUUCCUGGCGGGGGGUUGGGGAGGGGCAUGCUGGGGGCUGGGUGCCCCUGGCUUUCCUGCACUACCUGGGCUCCCCAGAGGCCUAACAGUAUUAGGGGGUGAGAGAAGGAGGCUCCCUGGGCAUUUGGGACCUGAGCCUGCACCUCUGAGAUCCUCCCAGACAUCUGUGCCCCUUCUCCCCUCCCGUGGGGUCCUCCCAGCAGGUCACAGUCAGAAAUGGACAGGCUGCCCAAGCAGCUCCCAGCACCAUCUCCAGAAGCCAUUCUUGCCAUAAUCAACUCCCUGUGGGAAGGUUGGAUGGCAGUUUGAGACCAGGUAGCGAAUCCCUUCCCCUCCCUGCCAUCCUGGGGUUCACCACCCUGCCUGGAACCUCAGCUCUCUGCACCCCUCACCACCACCACCCACCUCUGCCCAAGUGAUUCCCAGCCUGAAACCGAACUUUGGUGUACCAGGCUCCUAGCCCCACCCCCUCCUGGCAUGAAACCCUAGGCCCAUUUCCCAUGAAUCCCUUCUCAGGGUAUCUGUUCUCCCAUCAGGCCAGACAGCCUGGCCCUGCCCUCCUCUGCAUUCAUCGAGGAGCCCAGGAACACCCCAUACCUGUGGGGUUACAGCUCCUCCUUUUCUUCCCCCUCGGCCCUUCUCCCUCCGUUCCCCUGACUCCGGCGUGGCCAUGACGAAGGCACAGUCCCGGAAGGUCUGGGAGCUUCUGAGCUCUUGAGGCCAGGCUGGGGAGCCCCAGUGACAACCAGACAGAAAUUCUGCAUCCAACAAGAUUUGGGGCUGGAAGGAGCGCUCCUCUUUCUUCCUCUUGGUUCUUACCUUUGUAGAUUGCAGGGGGAUCUUGGCAGCCCUAGCCUCCUACUCCACAGGCCACCUCCUCUCUCUCCCCCUCUUCUUGCUACCUGCCCCUGGCCCUUCCUCUUCUAGCCUCAGUCUUUGACUCAUUCAUCUUCUUUUCCAGGAGGCUUUGGCUCCUCCUAGAGCUCAAGGUCCUCCAGGCCUAUGGGGGGUGCUGAAGGGCUACUGACUCUCAGGCUAGAGGGAACUCAGACAUACUCAUCACUGAAGUCCCAAAGGGUGCUGAUUACUGCUUUUUCUCGGCCUAUUUAUUGGUUUCCAAGGGAGCAAAUCCUCAGUGGGGAUACAAGAUAUAUAAAAUAUAUAUAUUAUUUUCAUAAGUUAUGUGGCUUUUAACUUAUUGCUUCCCUUCCUGUUUCUGCAUAAUCAGUGCUAUGUACUAUUUGAAUAGAUAACACAUAUCCUAGCCACCCCACUCGACUGGCUGACUACCUUGGGGCAAAGCCCCCUUCUCCCUGCCAAGGGACGAAUAAAGUACUACGAUUUGUU